GAAAUAACAAUUUUUCCUCUGUCCCAUUCUGUUUCAGUUGCUCCAGGGCCACUGCCAGCACACUGAUUCUCUCUGAGUGAAAGGCCAUGCUGUUCUCACUGGCUCUGGGCUGUAAUGUUCUGCUGCUCCCCCUUCUUCCUGGAACAGCCUGACCCAAGGUCCUUCAGAAGUGGUGACCACUCCAAAAGCAGGGGUGGAAAAUGGUACCAGUCAAGCCUGAGCCGCAGGAGGAGCCUACAGUAGCUGCCAGGAGAUGGAGGAGCCCACGCCUGAACCUGUCUAUGUCGAUGUGGACAAGGGGCUGACCUUGGCCUGCUUUGUCUUCCUUUGUCUCUUCCUCAUAGUAAUGAUCAUUCGCUGUGCCAAGGUCAUCAUGGACCCAUACAGUGCCAUUCCCACAUCUACUUGGGAAGAGCAACACCUGGAUGACUGAGGCACAGAACAGCCACAUGGGGGCAAGACCCUGGUGCUCUCUGGACAGUGGUGCCCCAAUAUGCCCCUCUGUGUGCCUGGCUACCCACUUGCUGGCCCACAGAGGCAAGGAGUGGAUCUGGCCACCAGAGAUGGAGAAGGUUCACUUUAGCCUUGCCUACUUUCACAGGAGUGCCAGAGGGAGAUGCUCCAGUAUUGAGGAUGCAGGAAACUAUGGCCCCUGGAGAGAAGAGCACUGGUCUGGGACUCAGGAGGCUAGUUCCAUGCUCGGGUGCCACUAUAAGACUGUGGGGUGGUCACCUAGACACCCCCACUACACAAAAGUGGUCUGUACUUAAAAUGCAAAAUAGCACAUGGAGGCUCCCAGCAGAGAUGUCCCUCCAGAAACCAUGAUCCUUCCCAUGAACUAGUGAUGAAGCAGGCAGUGAAGGAUGAAAGGAGGCUCAGAGUGCCUCCCUGAAAAUUCACAAAAGGCACAGAGGCUGCUUCCAAGCAGUUUUUUUUAAACUAAAAUAUAGAGGGAUAUAUUUUUUUUGUAAUAAAUGAAAUGUGCAUUUUAGAAACCUGGGAAAAUACAGAAAACUUGAAAGAAAGGGGAAAAAUAGCACAAUCCCACCUUCCAGAAGUCACCAUUUUGAUAUAUUUCUUCCACCCUUUUUUAACACAUUUUUUUUCAGUCAAAUUCAUACAGUAUGCAUGAUGCCGAGUUGCUCCUUGUGAGAGCACAAGACCUCCCAUUUCGUCAAUGUUUAUCACUUGUUUCUAGUAACUACAAAGCAUUCCCUAGGGGAGUUAUGUCAUGAUUUAAUAAUUAACUUCUUUGGUUGUUCAUUUAACUUUUCCACUAAUUUCUCCUCACACAAAAUUACUUCAUCCAGUCACCUUUUAAGGGUGCACAGUUCGUGAGUGGAAUAUUGGACUGGGAUAGCUGGGCUCCAGUCCUUCUUUAGCUGUUCAAAGUCUUGUAACCUUGAGCAAGUCACCUCACUUCUUGGUGCCUCAAUUUUCUUAUUUUAAGAGAAGGAGGGAAGACUUUGUUUCUUUUCCUUUUUUCAUUUCUUAUUUACUUCAUAUGAAUGAAAGUAUAGGAGAGGGAGAUUUUUGCUUGUAAAUGUGCUAUAGAGGGAGGGGUGGUCAAGGAAUAAGUUUUUGACAAUGACUCUUCUGUGGGUCUCACAUGUUUUCUCUCAUAUGUGGAGAUAAAACAAAAACCAAAACAAAACAACCUGAAAGCAGAAGAGGUUCUUUUAGGGGAUCUGUAGAAGACUGGCAAAAGAAAGGGCAAAGGAGACUAGUAAGGAGGGCAGACAUGAUCAAUACGAUCAAUACACAAUAUAUGCGUGUAUGGAAACAUAAUAGUGUUAAUUUGUACAAUUAAUAUGUGGUAAUAAUAAAAAAAAUCAACCUGAAAGUAACAAGGUGAUUAUUAGGGACUUGGAAGUGUGCUGUGGGGAAUAAGGGAAGGAUGAAAGAAGACAGUCCAGAGACCGAUAUGAUCAAUGCACAGUUGUCUGCAUGUAUGGAAUUACCAAGUGAAUCCCAUUAAUGUGUACAAUUAAUAUGUGUCAAUAAAAGUUGACAUAAAAAAUAAAAUCAACUGAAAAUUUAGGAGAAAUUAACUAACCAAAGAAAAGUCUGUGAAGUAGUAGAAAGGGAUUGGAUCUUUGGUAAGUCUUAAGAAAAUACUUGACAAAAAGGAGAGUAUAGAUUUAUACUUGAGAGUCUGCCUUAGUCUGAACAAUGCUUGUGUCUGGUGCCCCUGAGACAAGCUAUAAACAGAUUUGGCACCUGGGAAAAAUGGGUAAAAGAAACUCAACCUGACCAGUAUCUCCUGGCCUCUACUCCUUCCAGCCAAUAUUCUCAGUGUGUGAUUAUUGACCCAGAAGGCUCUGAUACAGUACUUCCUCUGUCUCUGUCUCUGUUUCUUGCUCUGGCUUGAAGAUCACCUCAGGUUUGUUAAUGCAGCACCUUUUUUUUUUUU